AUGGACUCAUCGACAUUAACUUUUCUGUUAACUUUAUUAUUUGGUUUUAUUUUUAUAAAAUGGACAUUCCAGAGUGAACAACAUCCUUCUACACAAAAUUUGAGCUCAAAUAGCACAACUUCAACAGCCAACUUGUCAAGAAGGACUAACAAUGGUGCCACUAAUAGAAGACGUUUCAAGAGAAGAGUCACCGACGAUAUGAUUGAAGUCGUAUUAAGUUUAGCUCCAGCAUUACACAAGGAACAGAUUAGAUACAAUUUGGAAGAAACUGGCUCGGUUGAAGAGACUGUUGAACGUUUCUUAAGAGGUGACGAAUUUCCAUUCCCACCAAAUUAUACUCCAACACAAACUAUGGCGGCUACAGGUAACGACACAAACAAUGAAAAUUCCAAUGAUCCAAGAAAGAAGAGCAAUAUCAAGCCAGAUAAUCUAAUAGAGAAAUUUAACGUCGACUUAGAUUAUGAUUUUGCAGGUAAAGAUUUUAACGAACUAGAUAUUAGCGAUAGAAAAAAAUAUUUAGUUUGGAAAGCAAGAAAAGCAAUGGAAAAUGUACUAGAAAACGAUAAAGAAAUGAGUGAUUUGUUAAAUUAA